CGAGCGACUCCACCGAGCGUCACAAAGCCACGAGCCCGCAAGGAGCGCACAAUCCUCUGCGUCCUCGUACCGGAUCGCGAACCCCAGUUCCAUCACCACCACCGGCCACCAUGUCCAGCGAGGAGCUGGCCUGCAAGCUGCAGCGCCGGUUGAGACUUGAGACGCGGGCAGAAACCCACCAGGACAGCCCCCAGGCUGCACCGUGCACUGCCCCAGCCGGGCACCGGGAGCCUGAACCGCCUGCCCCGGCGCCCACGGUCAGCGCGGACUCCGAGCUGAACCUCAAGCUGAGCAGCAGGCUGAACAUCCACCAGGGCGCAGUGCGGUCCCGCCGCUCCAAGGUCUUCAACCCCUACACAGAGUUCCCGGAGUUCAGUCGCCGCCUCCUGAAGGAUCUGGAGAGGAUGUUCAAAACGUAUGAUGCUGGAAAAGAUGGCUUCAUCGACCUGAUGGAGCUGAAACUCAUGAUGGAGAAACUGGGGGCCCCUCAGACCCACCUGGGCCUGAAGAAUAUGAUCCAGGAGGUGGAUGAAGACUUCGACGGCAAGCUCAGCUUUCGGGAGUUUCUGCUCAUUUUCCACAAGGCUGCUGCUGGAGAGCUGCAGGAGGACAGUGGGCUGCUGGCACUGGCCAAGUUUUCUGAGAUCAAUGUCGCCCUGGAGGGUGUCAGAGGUGCCAAGAACUUCUUCGAAGCCAAGGGUCCUACAGAUGGAACUCAGGUUGUCAAAUUUGGCACCAAGCUAUCUGGCCAGCCCUCAGUAGAAACGCUUAAAGGAUCCGAUUCACCCUGUUGGACUGAUUGCACUGCGAUAGGACAAAAAUGGACCUGAUAGGAGGAGCCCUGAGAGCCAAGUCUCAAUUGCAGAUGCCCAGGCAGGUGAGACCAUAGCUUAGGGUCAGGUAAAAACAUUCUUGUGUGUGUCUUGUAGCCUCUGAGAGAGGUCAGCAUCUGUUCAUAUCAGGGGGAAAUUGUCCAGGAAAUGCAGAAAUAAAAAGCAAGAUGACUGAGAAGAUAGGACAUGGGGUUAGGGUCAAGGGCUGGUUCUAGAACCCAGAGGGAGGAUGGUCAGGGGUGGUCUAUUAGAACCCAGAGGCAAGCUGGACUUUUGUGGUGCCGGAGAUGAAAGGUUCCUGGUUGAAGAGAUGGCAAAUGUCUCCCUCUCCUGUUGUCCUAACUAGGAAUGGUGGGGAGGGGAGACUUGGUGCUGGAUCAGACCUCUUCCAGUGCUUUAGCUUCACACACCAACACCCUGGAGGGAGGCGUUUAUUGUCCCGUUUUGGUUGGGGCGUAUGUGUGUGAGUGCGCCUGUGCAUGUGCGUAUUUGACUCGAGAUGAAAUCUCCCAUAGUGUGGGCUGACCUUGAACUUUUAAUCUUCCUGCCACCACUGCCCCAGUGCUGGGAAAAACAAGGCAUUUGCCAACAGACUCAACAAUUUUCCCACACAGAAGAUAAGGAUGUUGAAGCUUGCACAGUGUUUCCUUGGUAAACAUUUAGCAACAAACUAUCAUCUUGUAAUCCUAGCAUUCAGGAGGCAGAGAUAGGAAGUUUAAGAGUUCAAGGCCCAGAUCCACAACAUACAGAGUUCAGCAGCUGUCUGGACUAGAAGAGGCCCUGUGGUAUAAACAUCAAGGUUUUUUUUUUUUUAGGUUUUAUUUUAUUUAUAUGAGUAUACCGUCACUGUCUUCAGAUCUGUACACCAGAAGAGAACAUCAGAUCCCAUUACAGAUGAUUGUAAGCUACCAUGUGGUUGUUGGGAAUUGAACUCAGGACCUCUGGAAGAGCAGUCAGCCGUCUCACCAGCUCCUCAAGUUUGUUUUAAGUUCUAUAAAUAACAUACUUUACAUCCUUCGUCAUGCCAUAGUCCACAUAGCUAUUGACUAACAGAGAUCGAUCCACAGAGAAGGUGCCCCCACCACCCCACCCCCGCCCUAGACUCGCAUCUGUUGCCAGAUUGUGGUUGCAAUGGACAGAAGAAAAUAGUUUCUAGGACUAGAGAGAUUGCUCAGUGGUUAAGAGCACUGGUUGUUCUUCCAGAGGACCUGAGUUUGAUUGCCAGCACCCACAUGGCUGUUUACAACUGUCUGUAACUCCAGGUCCAGGGCUUCCAAAGUCCAAACAUGCACAUGGAGCACAGACUCACGUAAAGGCAAAAAUACCUAAACACAUUAAAAUAGAAUUUAAAAAAAUUAGUUCCAGUAUGAUAUUAGUUCCUAGUUUGAGAUAAUUCAUAAAGAAAAAAGUGAAAGAAUGAAUCCUGAAACCUCAGGCUGGGUGUGACAGUGCAUGCCUGUAAUCCCAACCCUUAAGGAAGCUGAGGCAGGAGGUUUACAGCAUGUUUGAGGCUGGCUUGGGCUUCCCAGCAAGUAACAGGACUCAAGGGAGCUGAGUAUUACAGCUGUGAGGAGAAAGAUCCCUCACAGGGAGGCUUGGUCAGGGAGCCAAGGAGUACCACAAAGUCACACCAUACAAGAAACCUCCCACAAGAGAUUUGCUAGGAGACAAAGAGGGUGUCUCAGGCGAGAAGCCACAGGGAAAUGAGCAAGACACAGGCUUAAUAUAGGGUUUCUUGGGGGAGGAGUUUUUCAGGGUGGAAAUUUCUAGGGUGGGGAUUGGUAAGAUUUCAAGUCCUGAACCUGGGCAAGCCCAGGGAUUGGUGGGUUUUUGAGCUCAGGGAUUAGUGGGUUGGAGCUUGGGGAUUGAUGGUUUUUUUGAGCUCAGGGAUUAGUAAAUUUUCAAACUGGGAAAGAGGGUAGCUUAAGAGAUAACCCAGUGGUUGAAGUGUUUGCUGCAGGAAGGCCAGAGUUUAGAUGGCCAGAACCCUUUGUGAAACAGGACAUGUUAAUCUCAGUUCUCUUGUGGCAAGAAGGGUGGAUUGAAGCAGUUCCUGGAAACUAGGAGACCAGCUAGCCUGGAUACAGAAACACGAGUAAGAGAGCAAUUUUGUCCCAAACAAGGUGAGGGUGAAGACUAACACUUGAGGUUGUCUUCUGACAUCUACACACAAGCAAGCAGGCACCAUCAACAAAGAGAGAGACCGGGAGGAAAAACUUCAGCUUCAUUGUUUGGCAUACUGAGUAAUUUCUUGUUGAGGAUUUUAAGUUCCAGGAGGUCAUCCUCUCACUGUCUCGGGACAUUUCAUGACGCAAAGGCCACAGACAAUUUAAAGUUUCACCUGCAUUUUUAACAUUUUCCCAGCCCAUUAUGACAAGAUGGUGUACACACAGACAGUGAAGGCCAACUGUUGGCUGUUUUCCAUGAUGUAAACAUUCACACAGAGAUUGAGUUCAAGCUCUCAGUGGAACGUGGAUGCAGGUAGAGCCAGGAAGCUGUUCACAGUCAAAUAAAAAACACCACCCAGCAUUCCCACUCUGGAGACACAGCCCGAGCAGAUCCUAGUAGUAUGUAAUAUGAUGGCCCUUCAGUACUCAACCCUUUUCCCGUUGGUACGAUUGAUUGUAGAUUCGUUCAAUCUAAGAUUUUGUAAUGACUAAUUUUAUAAAUGGCUCACAGACAUUCUAGGAAUCAAGUUGGUUUUCGAGCAGUCACAAGUCAGUUGCUUGUAGGUCUGACAUACCUUGAGGUAGUGGAGAGACUGGAUCUGUUUUCUUCUAAUUGAAGGAGGCCGAGGUGGAAUGGAUGGGUGACCACUGUGAGGAGAGAGAUAAGAAAGAAAUCCAAUGAAGAUCCAGCUCUGGCCAGGAAUCCCCAAGUCCCAGUGGUUGUAGCCACUCUCUUUAUAAGAGGUUUUUAUUGUUUUUAUGUAUAAGAAUCCUUUACCUGCCUACAUGUAUGUGCACCACAUGCCUACAGAGGCCAGAAGAAGGUGUCCAGAGUCCUUGGAACUGGAGGUUCAGAUGGUUUUGGACUGUCAUAUAGACUCUGGGAACUGAACUUUGGUCCUCUGUAACUGCUCUUGAUCACUAAGCUUCCUCUCUAUACUGAAGAGAUUCUUUUUUAAGUGUGUCCUCAGCUUGGAAGCAUGCAUUCUAAAUUGUGGCAGUGAAGGUGGAGCUUGGUGAGGCGGGUGAGCAGAUGUGAUGGUAUGCCAGGCUGGGGAAUGAGGGUGUAGUUGGCCCUUUGUGUAUAUGAAGGGAUUGGUUCUAGACCUCACAAUAUAAAGUGGUGUUUAGGGUUGUAGACAUAGUGUACUUGACAAAGCAUUUAUCUUGCAAGCAUGGGAACCCAAGUUCAGACCCCUGACCCCACUUGAAAAAAAAAAGAAGCCAGACAUGGUGGUAUAUCUGGAUCCUUGGGGCUCCCUAGCUAGCCAGCCAGCCAGCCAGCCAGCCAGCCAGCCUACUUACUUAGCAAGCUCCAGGCUAAAGCAAGGUGAGCACAUGAGAAACUACAGUCAAGGGUCUUCUGGUCUCUGCAUGCAGGUGUACCCAUGUGCAUGCUCACAUAUACACACAUGAAGUGGCUUAUGUUUGCAUAAACCUAUGUACAUUCCUCCCCCAUAUAUUGAUAAUCAGUGUUGUGAAAACAUAGACAAUAAUAAAUAAAGGUUACAAAUAACAGACAAUACAAACAAGUAACAAAAGACGGUGAGCAGAUGCACGAAGGGUCAUGCAUGUUCACUUUCUGAAGACACUGAAUUUGAGAACAAACUCAUAUGACAAUCACAGCUACCAGUUGCUCUAGCUCCAUGGGCACCCAGACACAUGCACACUCAUCAUUUUAAAAUAAAUAAUUAGAAAUUAAAAAGAAGUUUAAUUAAUUAAUUAAAACAUUUUUGAAAUAGAGUUUUAUAUACGCAGCCCAGGUUGGCCUUAAGUCUGUAAUCUUCCUGCCUUUGUGUCCAGACAAAAUUGAAUUAAAAAGAAAUUUAUUUAAUUGAAAAGAAAUUUAUACCCAUUUUCUGAUUCCCAGGUUUGAAUUCAUGGCCUUGUGCAUGCUAAGCACACAAGUAGCCACUGGAUUCUACCUCAUCUCCCCCAAAUAAUGCUUAAACAGAGCAUCGAGUGAUAUUAAACCCUGGGUGGGGUGUGAGGACAAGUGCAGCCACCAUGGAAACAGCAUGUUAGUUUUUUGGGGAUCGAACCCAGGGCCUUGCCUUUGCUAGGCAAGCGCUCUACCACUGAGCUAAAUCCCCAAUCCCGAAACAGCAUGUUAGAUAAGAGGAAUGGAUGUCUUCUCUGAAGGAGUCGAGUGAUGGGAAAUAUAGGAACAAUAGGGAACUGUCAACAGAAGGUUCUGAGAACAGCUGGUCCCAGUGGAACAGGCUUUUAAGCUUAGCCACUUGGGAAGCUGAGGCAGCAGGGUCACAAGUUGCCAGCCCAACCCUGUCUCAAAAAGUUGAGAGGUCUGAGGAUACUAGAUGAGGGGAGAUGGUCUUUUCUAAAAGGCUCAGUUCCAAAAUAGACUGCCAAGAUAGGAGAUAGAUUAGACAGACAGACAGACAGACAGACAGACAGACAAAGUAACUAGAUAAAUAGA